UCGAGUUAUCGUUUUGCGGAACUUUUGCACAUUAUUUUUUUGUUUCUUUGACGUCGUAGCCGUUAUUGGCCCUCGUGAAAAACAUGGAAUUCAAAUAUACAUACUGCUCAAUUAUUUUUGUUCGUUCUUGAGGGGGAAAUAUUUUUUCUGAAAAUAUUCUCCGACGGGAGCGCAGAAAUUGCCGGCCAAACGGCCGUUAAUCGGAGCGCGGUUACACGUGAGGGUAAUACCAAAGUACAUUUGAAUGUUUCCGCGAGUUCGUCCAUGUUUCGCAUCAGAAUGACGACUUUAAAAUUCAACUUGGUUAAUGCGGUAUGACUUUAUAAUGUAUGUACAUGAAUUUAUCAGCACCUGAAAUAAGAUUCUAUAAUAACGUAAAACUCGCGCGCGCUCCCCGCAUUAGCUUUUACCGCGCCACGUAGUAUUAUCAGACGCCACUGCAUUUUUAACAAUAAUCUCGUGCAACAGAUAAUUUUCAUGCGAAAAAAACCAACGAAAGACAAGAAAAUCGAUCUUCCUCGAGUUGGAAUUUAAAUACCGCGUAAACCCAUUUCUUUUUUUCUUCACUUCGGUUUUCUCAUUUUUGUUAUCAGAAGAAAUAUGCGUUGAAUUUGCAUCGAGUAUUUCAUCCCCUACCGCCAAAAUCUUGAUCUGAAAAUAGCUCAAUCAUUUUACAAUGUAAAACUUACAAGGGGGGAGGGAGAAAUAAGUAAAGAAAAUCGUCCGUUCUGUGGUCCAUUUUCUCUCUUUAAUUCGGAAGAGUAAAAAGCCUCAGUGUGCGCCUCCUCCGCAUUUUCUAUCCCCGGUUUCUCGACUCGAUUCUGCCGCGAUGAAUUCUUCCGUUAUCGAUAUGUGCGACGCGAAUAUUCCAUUCUUAUCCGUAAGAAGCGGUGGAAUUAACAUGCGCACUUGAAUGAAAAAAAAAAAAAAAAAAAAAAAAAAAAAAAAAAAAAAAAACCAACAAAUACAUAAAUAAACGAUCAAAGAAAGUACGAAGAAAAAAAAAGAUUAUUCAAACAAAUCCGUCGUUGCGAAGAUGCGCGGCGUCCAAUGUUAAGUGAUGCGAUACGCUGAACGUAAAUAAAUUCAAAAUGCGAUAACAACAGGUAAUGCAAAUUGACAGAAAACAAUUUCUACAGUCGUGUGAGAUGUGAUGAUUUAACAUUGGAAGAAAAUUGAGGGACAAAAAUUCGAACGACCAAUGAAACCUACGUGCGGCGCGGAUGCCAAACUAAAAAAAUGGCGAUGGGACUCUACACCGGAUACCGAAACGACUCAUCGUUCGCCAAUGACGGGGGAGCGGAAGUCGUUGGUUUCGAUAACAGGUCUCUUCCUUGGAAUUCUUCAAUCAACGAAGAUUACAUUUUCGACCGAACGGACGUCAGGGUUAUUUUUAUAACCCUCUACUCGAUCGUCUUUGCCUGCUGUUUUUUCGGAAACCUGCUGGUCAUCCUGGUGGUCUCGUUUUCCCGCCGCUUGAGGAGCAUAACGAAUUUCUUCCUCGCCAAUCUCGCGGCGGCCGAUCUCUGCGUCGGAAUAUUUUGCGUCUAUCAAACCCUGACCAAUUAUCUGGUGAACAGCUGGCUGCUCGGUGAUUUCUUGUGCAAGGUUUACAUGUUCGUACACGCGCUCUCCUACACCGCGAGUAUAAUGAUCCUGGUCGUCGUUUGUUCGGAACGAUAUCUGGCGAUCGUUCACCCGAUAAAAUGCAGAGCGAUGCUGACCAGAGGUCGCCUGCGGAUCGUUAUAGGGGUCGUGUGGCUGUUGGCCGCGAUUUACGCGUCUCCGAGAUUCAUAUACGUUGAAACCAUUCGAAACCAACUUCACACCGGGGGCGUCGACAUAAUCUGUAUAGCGAACAUGAAGAAACACAACAAGAACGUUCUGGACGUUGUCAACGUUAUAUUUCUCUACCUCUUACCGCUGAUCGUUAUGUGCUGUCUGUACACGCGAAUCGGCGUCGGACUCUGGAGGAGCGGCGCGGCGCUCGGAGGACCCGGGCUCGUUGCGAGGACAAGAAACGGAAGGGUGAACCACGUCCACACCUCCAGCAGAAACGUACUGCGCGCCAGACGCGGGGUCAUAAGAAUGCUGAUAGCAGUGGUGGUUAUGUUUGCCGUUUGCAACCUACCCCAACACGCGAGGAUAGUUUGGUUGCACUGGGACCCGGACUACGACAGGACAUCGGAUUUUAGUACAAUCCUAACGGUGUCGACCUUCCUUAUAUCCUACGCAAACUCCUGUCUCAAUCCGUUUCUAUAUGCAUUUCUGUCACGUAAUUUCCGUAAGGGUAUGCGAGAGCUGAUAGUUUGCAAUCCCAGGGGACAGGGAAGCCGACUGGGUAUAACGGGGCGGAAGGAAAACGGGCACAACGCGAACGUCCCUCACAGUUCAGUCGUCAGACUUAGCUCGGCGCACGACAGUCCAUUCACGACACACACCACUCAAACUAUCACCAGGCAAAGUACGUUCGCGAGAUCGUCCUCAUGAGAAAAGGAUUCUUCGGUUCAAUUUCAGAUCGAAAUGCAAACAUUAGAACCUCGACGAUCGACCGCGAGUAUCAAAUACGGUUCACCGAACGGCGACACUCGCGCAUAUUUGGAAUGAAAAUUUCAGCCGUCGCAACUCACAUCGAGUUACGAAAUAAUAUAUUACCCCGCGGUUCCGCGGUGAAGUUAUUCAUUUUUUACAACUCCGCUCAUCCCCCACACCUAACCUUCCCUCCGCCCUAAAUUCUUUCAACGUUUGGUGAAAUUACGACGUACCGAAAACCACGAUAUAGGUAUACAGUGGUGAUAUCAUAUUACGCUGCUGCGACGGUAUCGCGAUUAUGAAGAUGAAAUCUGUGUAAAUGUUACUAUGCAUACAGUCUGCUUAUCAUUAAUCAUCGAAUAAGAAGAUAAUAAAAUAGAGAAUAAAAAAUUUGUAUAUCGCUUGUUAUGUAUAAAAAAUAAUGUAUAAUAGUAAUAAUAACGAUAACAAUUAUUAUAGAUCAUAAUGUAUUUACACUAAUCAAUUAUCUCACUGUUCGAAAAUCGCUCCGAUUAUAAUUCGUGAUGAAUCAAAAAAAAAAACAAAAAAAACAAAUUUAUACACACGGGUACAUAACUUUUCAAUUAUAAAUCCUACGAAAUAUAAACUAUGAGUUUUAUCAUGGCAAACAUUUUAAUGAAAUAACAUCGCUGUCGAUUCUAA